CGUCGAGAAAAAGGAGACAAAGCGUGGAGCGUUCAACAUCCCUCUGUCUCUUGUCAUUCUCUAUCUUUCUUUCGUUCUCUCGUUUACUUUCGCGCUCGCUUCUUUUCUGGGCCGAGGCAUAUUCGGCCAGAGGGACACGCGGCUCUCAAAGGGAGAUUCAAUUUGCGCGCGUGCCACCCGGGACAGAAUUUAUUUGAAAGUGAUCUUCGUGGGUCAAGGACUGUUUAUUUUUUUUUCAUAUUGUUUACCAAUUGUUUACCAAUCACGUCAGUGAUUUUCGAAGAGCUGCCGAACGACUUCCUCUCUCGAUAUGGCCCAAACUUAUAAUCAGAAGAGAAAUAGUAUCGUGUACAGCAUCGAUCAGAUAUUGGGCCACAAUAAAGACGAAGAUCACGCCACGUCGUCCGACGCUGUCGUCGACGGUGGUGACACGGAGCUCGGUCAUCUGAGCGAUCAUCAGAUCAACGACGCUCUGCACGAUCCUCUGAAUCUGGGUGAAUCCGAUCGGCCGCGGAAAGUGCGAAGAUCUCGCACUACUUUCACGACCUAUCAGCUACACGAACUCGAAAAAGCCUUCGGGAACACGCAAUAUCCGGACGUGUUCACCAGAGAAGAAUUGGCCAUGAGACUGGAGCUUACAGAGGCUAGAGUUCAGGUCUGGUUUCAGAAUCGACGUGCGAAAUGGCGGAAGAAGGAAAAAGCGUUAGGCAGAGAUGGUUUCAUGCACGUGGAGCAAGGCGGUGUAAACGAAUUGUCUCUUCACGCGCGAUUGCUGCAAACGGCCAGCGGCGUUCCCGGCGCGGAUUCUGCGGGUCCGCCGACAGGCGCGUUUCCCUGGUUCAUCCCUCCGGUUUUUCCGCCACCCUGGCCCGCGAGCGCGCCCAAGUUGCCUUUGCACGCGUUGCUCUCGCAAUACAUCGGACUGCCGUUGCCGCAAAAUCUGGCGUCGCUCGGCACGAUGCUCCCGGUCGGUCUGAAUCCGAGCUCGUCGCUGAAUCACGGUAACGUGAACGGCCACUCUCUGGGCGGUCACUUGCACGGGCAUGCUCUCAAUCUGGGGAUGCAGAGCAUACCGCAGAACCUGAGCUCGAAGAACGACAAGGAGGAGGACUCGGCGUCGUCCGACGACGAGAUCAGGAAGCAGAGCGCGGAAGUGUUGAGAGUGAAGGCGGAAGAGGUGCUACGCAAGACGGACAAUUAACUGUGAGAGCUUACUGAGGUUUUGUAAAUACUUGAGAGACCUUUUUUAAGUUUAUCCGAGAAACAUUCGACAUCCGAUAAAUGUUUCGCUCAAAUGUAGUUGUUUGUUAUUGUGGCGUAAUUUUCAACACAUCCGGCUAGGUAGUGAAAUAACUCCGACCGAUUAAUAUUUUACAAUUGUAUGUAUGCAUUGUAUGUGUGCCUCUAUCUAAUUAGAGGAUCGCACAAGACGCAAUAGCAAGUUUACUUUGAGUUCGCAUUGUUACAUCACCGAUCUGCGAUUAGCUGCGAAUCUGUAAUAAAUAUACGUCUUUGCAUUUGGAAGAAAAAGAAACACAUCGAUGAUCAACGUAAAUAUUAUAUCCAAACUCGAGAAAAUUUUAUUCAAAAGUUUAUUGUUUAACAAAGAAGCAAAAAUGAAUUUUCAUAAUCAAUCGCUAUUUUUACGCAAGAUAAUCAUUUAUAAAUUCGUGUUUGAGCGAAACACACACGUACACACAUAUUAAAGUGAUUCGAAAAGUAUAUGCAUGGAUGCAGUACAACUACUGUACAAUACGAUGUGUAAUUAUGCAUCAUACGCGUGUUAAUUAUUUGCCAUUGUUCGAGUUUUUACCAAACAAUGACAAGUUUUAUUCAUCUUGCCGUUUUUUGGCUGCAUUUAUUGAAGCAAAUUAACGCGUACAAAUUAAUCAGGCUCACAAUUGUCACACCGGGUUAAAUAUGACUAAACUAAUAAACGAUUGUUGUAACGAAUGCAAUGUGAUUUAUAUUGUUGUAGAAAAACUUUUAGAAAAUAUCGUUGUCAUAUUUGCCCCGUGUCACACACGCCUUCAUUAAUCGCGUAUGUAAAAAAGUAGACCGCAGCCGUGUAGAAAAUUUCUUUUCGAGAACGUUGUACACACAAAUACUGGGGGCUGCGUAUGUACGUAUGUAUUUCAUGAAGCGUAUCGCGCGAGGAAGUUUUGUAAAAUACAUGUACCAUAUACAGUAUAUAUAAUAUGUAUUAUAUAAAGUUUACACACGCUUUGUUUUACGAGAGAAUGUUUUCGAUUUUCGCUCGUUACUAAGCGCUAAAUAAAUAAUCAACAUCGCGUGUGACGCGGACCACGGUGUCGGCAAUUGUUCUCUCGUAGAAUAAAGUAU